AUGUUAUUCCAUGGAAUAAAAGAUGCUUUAUCUGUCCUAUUGACAAGUAAUAAUAAUAAUAAUAAUAAUAAUAAUAACAGUGAUAAUAAUAACACUAACAAUAAUCAAAGUUUGGUCAACCUUAAAUCAGAAUUGAAUUCAGAGUUGAGAUCUCAGACACAUGAUAGACCAUUUUCAUCAACAUCGUUUACAUCAGCGAUUAUACUUCAUAAUGAUAAUCGAACUAUGUCAAAUAAUUCAGUCGUAAAAUCAGAUUCAAGAUCAGAGUCUUCACUUCAUUAUAAUUUACAAAAUUAUCAUGUCACAAAUUCUGUAAAGUCAAUGAAUACAAACAGAGGUGGUCGAACUAGAGGUAGACCUGGGCGACCAAAAGCAAUUGGUUUAACUACUCAUGAAAAUAUUAACCUAUCAUCUAGUUCCCCACCGCCAUCGUCGUCGAUCCCAUCGUCAAAUCCGAUGUUGAAUUCGAAUACAUUUCCGGUUGUACCUGUCCUUAGUGUAAAUACUGUUGUUCCCGGUAGUGGUGAUUAUAUCAGCGAUAAUGAUUCAACGAAUAAUUCUGGUAAAUUUCCAAAUUCGUUUAAAAUUUCUUCUAGAGAUUCACUUUCUGCGAUAUCUUCAUCAUCAUUAAUGUUCUCUUCAGAUAUAAUUAAAGAUGUUAAUUUGAAUCCUAUUAUUACUACUGUUGCUACUAGUAGUACUAGUAUUAGCAGUACUACUACUACUAUUGUGAUUGUGAUAGAAUUCCUACGACUAUGAUUACUAAUGUUACUUCCUCUUCAUCAUUGCUGUCUACUUCGGCUUCUGGUCUGUCUGUGAAUUUAGAUGCCCCACAACUUAUUUCCUCUGCCUCUUUUCCUUGUUCAUCUUUUUCAUUGUCAUCAACAUCAUCCUCGAUAUCG